AUGAUCGAGCAGUUCGUCAACUUCGUCAUCCGGCCGCCUCGUGCAGAGUACAAUCCAGAUCAGUAUUUAUGGGAGCCAGAGUUUACUCUCGCCGGAAGGAGGUAUAAAAGAUUAGAUUUGGAGGCAAUGGAUGCAGAGCAGAUGCAAAUGAAGCCGCUGUCAUACUUCUUCCUUCAAAUAUCACUCUUUUUACACUUGACUUUGCCGGAUCAGGGCUAUCAAGUGGAGAUUAUGUCAGCCUUGGUUGGCAUGAGUCUGCUAUAUGGAGCAGAAGACCCCUCAAUUGCAGGCAUGGUUCUGGAUAGUGCUUUCGCUAACUUAUAUGACUUGAUGAUGGAGCUCGUAGAAGUUUACAAAAUACGAGUUCCUAAGUUCACGGUUAAGAUGGCUGUUCAGUACAUGCGACGUGUCAUUCAGAGAAGAGCUAAAUUUGACAUAAUGGAUCUUAAUGUUGUCCAGUUUGCACCCAAGACGUUUAUUCCUGCAUUAUUUGGACAUGCUUCAAAUGAUAUGUUUAUUCAGCCACAUCACACAGAACGUAUUCAUCAGGCAUAUGCUUUUCCUUCAACUUGCACAAAUAAAUUUGAUAAGUAUUACAACCUUGGUGCUUUUAAGGGUGGUGCUGGUACCAAUGAGAGCUUAUUAUAUGAGAUCAUCAAUGGUCUACGGGCAGCUGGCACUGAUGCAGGAAGUUCAUCAGCUGCUACAGCUAAUUUCACAAAUGCUACAAAAUCAGUAGUUGAAUUGCUGACAGAGAGGGUAAAUCAGCUAUCUGUUAAAAAUGAUAAUGACUUGGAUUUUCUUUUGGAUGAAAAUCAUAACCCCACUGAGAUGGACGGUAACACAGGAGAGUGUCAUUUAGAGGAUAAAGCAAACAGACAAACAGAGGAAUGCUGUUCAUACACCAGCUCAAACAGAGAGAGCUGGGGAAGAUGUUCCUCCUUGGGUGGAGCUAGUGAUGGAUCGUCAUCAGGCGAGCAGCCUGAGAUACCUAAUCAUAAGCUCAAGAGCAUGACACUAAGGGCUCUAGCAACGCCACUGAGACGGGUACGAAGGAAACCUCUACCUCUCACGAUCCCGAAGGAGAAGAAGAAUCAAUCACUGUGGAAGAGGAACUCACUGAUGGUUCACCGACAGAACCUGCGCUGCGAUUUGGAGCUUCUGACAUUCAGCGCCAAUCAUGCUGUGUACAUUGGUUGA